UAAGAAUUUGUCUGCCUGUCAGCAUCACAACUUGACGCACUACAUUAGAUGCUACAAGUGUCUAAAGAAUGUUUUACAGAUAAAAAUGCUGAAAACCACCCAGUCAUCUCCCAGUCAGCAUGCCACAACUCUCCUUUGAAUCCUGAACCAUCUCAACAACUCCACUAAGUGAACUCAAUGAAAUAAAAACCAUGUUUUUUUACCAAUCUCUCAAUUAAUCUCUUACGUCACCAUAAGCAAACCUUCACUUCAUUAAACAUUAAAAAACUUGUAUAGAUGAAAGUUUUCUUGUCGCCAUGGCAAAUAUGAGUUCCUUUUCCGUUUUGGAGAAACUGGAUUCAAUGCCAAAUUGCAAUGAACAGCCACCUGCACCCAUUUUCAAAACCCCUUCUCCAUUUUGGAAUCAGGAAUCUGUGUUCAGGAGACCUAGACAUGUGCGGGAACCCACACCUGAUCCAUUGACUCUCUAUCCUUACAGAUAUCCAGACCUCUCUUGUGCUACAGGACUAAAUCACAUCUACUCAUCACUGAAUGUGAACUCAAUGAAUGCUAGCAAUAGAUAUCUAACAUCAAAAUACCUUGUGAAUGACCCAAAUAUUGGAAGGGGGACUUAUUAUUGUAGUUACUUAACUUCAGAAGUGGAAGAUGGGCUCAGAAAUCCGCACCAUCCACAAACUGACCCAUUUUUAGCUUCAUAUUACUACAGAGGGGCUGUUCAGGAUGUACUGCGAAGAGACGUUCCGAGUGAGGAAAUCAACACGGGCUCGCAAAAAAAGAGACCCAGAGAAGAGACGUACUGGUACCACGGACCAGAAAAGAAGAGAAUUCUGCACGGCUCUAAAAAGAGACACUAUGUGAAAAACAACCAACUUUCAGGUUCUCUACAAUAUGCAGAAUCUAAUAAAAAUAACCAUCACCAGCCCACUUUGAACCCCUCCAUGUUUGAACAAUCAAAGGAUGGUGAAAAUCAAACAAGAGAAGAGCUCCCCCUACUGGAUGGGAGAGAAGAUGCAGAAAAACACCAAAGGAACCAAAGUACUCAUUCUGAAUCCUCUUCUCCUGUCCUGUGCGUGCUCCAUCGUUUUGUUGAGGGUUCAUUGGUGGAGCUUGAGGGCGGUCGACUGAAACGUGUGGAGGAUUUACGGAUGGAAGAUUUGGAGCAAUGUGCCGAGCAACAUCCAGAGCUAAAACUGGAACGCUUCACAGUGUUGAAGAUCACGCCAUCACGCACACCUGCAGUUUUAUUACACGUGGAGAUUGAACGUGACCAUUCACAGUUGUCUCUGGAGGCGAAUGAGGGGUUGCCGUUUUUUGUUUGUGGGCAAGGCUGGUCGUCCUGCAACCCUCGACACACAAGAGAAACCUGCAGACUGCAGUGCCACCAACUGAAGGUGGGAGACGUCUGCUUGGCGCUGACGCGUGACCCCGCCCCCGUGACACAGCCUGCCAAUCAGAGCCCAGCUGAGGUGAGCACAGAUCACACAGAAGAGAAGAGCACACUACCACAAAAAGACAAAUCACGGAAGAGACACUUCACAGCUCCAGAGCUCAGGGAAAUUUACAAGGUACACCAGGACACAGAUUAA